UGUCUUGUGUUUAUCAACCUCGUCGAGCUCAAAGGUCAGCCUGAUCACUUGACUCAGACAUUUCACAAGAUAUAUCGUACCACCUAGUGGAAACCACACGCUUAUUCAGUUACCGUCGUACGAUCAUACUACAUACGCUUCUCAAAUAUAACCAGCCCAUCAUGAUGCUUGCAGCACGUCUUACGUCCCUAUCUAAAUCAUCCCGCCCUAAUAUCUCAUCUUUGACCCGCAAAAUGUCCUCCCAUGAAGCUGUCAUCGUUGCUGCGUCGCGUACGCCUGUCGGAUCCCUAUACGGAUCACUCAAGACUUUGACCGCACCCCAACUUGGUGCUGUUGCCCUCAAGCAUGCUUUCGAGCAAUCGAAAGUCGAUCCCGCAGUCGUCGAGGAGAUUUACUUCGGCAAUGUCGUUCAAGCCGGUGUCGGCCAAUCACCCGCACGUCAAGUAGCACUUGCUGCCGGCAUGAAAACUGCAUCUGACGCUACAACCAUCAAUAAAGUUUGUGCUAGUGGUAUGAAGACAAUUAUGAUUGCUGCUCAAAGCAUAGAGUGUGGUUACAAGAACGUGGUUGCCGCUGGUGGCAUGGAGAGUAUGAGCAACGCUCCUUUCCUACUUCCCCGGACCAACCCAUUGUUCGGCAAAUUCGAGACCAAGGACUCUCUUGAGAAUGACGGUCUUUGGGAUGUCUACAGCAACUUCGCCAUGGGUAAUUGCGGUGAAAUUGCUGCAGAGAAGUACGACAUUAGCAGAGUCUCGCUUGACGAGCACGCAAUCGACUCGUACAAACGUGCUGAUCGUGCGUGGAAAGAGGGCGUCUUCAAUGCUGAGAUAGCACCUGUCACCAUCAAGGGCAAGAAGGGCGACACCGUUAUUAAGGAAGAUGAGGAGUAUAAGAAAGUCAUGUUUGAGAAAGUUCCCUCCCUAAAGUCAGCCUUCAAAGCAGGCGGACGGAUCACCGCUGCAAACUCUUCAAAUCUCAAUGAUGGGGCCUCUGCCUUGAUAUUAAUGUCUGCAGAGAAAGCAAAGGAGCUUGGCGUGAAACCGCUUGCCAAAGUCAUUUCAUAUGCGGAUGCGGGUGUUGAGCCCAUCGACUUCCCCAUGGCUCCUACUGUUGCUCUCCCGGAAGCACUAAAGAGAGCAAACUUGACUGUCGAUGACAUUGCACGUUUUGAGAUUAAUGAAGCCUUUUCGGUUGUUGUCCGUAUCACUGAAAAGCUCCUGCAAAUUGACCCUGCAAAAGUCAAUGUUAAUGGUGGUGCUGUUGCCCUUGGCCAUGCGAUCGGAAGUUCGGGUUCUCGCAUUGUGGUGUCCCUGGUUCACGCCCUGAAGUCUGGGGAAUAUGGUGCAGCAGGCAUUUGCAACGGGGGUGGGGCAGCUUCAGCCAUCAUUAUUCAGAAACUAUAGUCGUUUUGCGUUAAUUAUUUCUGUAUUAUUUUAUGAACUUUCGUAUCAUACACUCAUUUUUAUCUUUAGAAACCGUCAGUCUCUACGCGGCGUUCGUGAGAAGCCCGUGAAUAAAUUUGUCUUGUUGGGUGACUUAUCUCUUGCUUUCCUCGUGGAACAUGUUGGCUUGC